AUGUUUUCCUUUCUUUUCCUUAAAAACCCCUCCCUCUCUCUCUUUUUUCUUUUUCUCUCUUUUCUCUUUUCUUUCUCUUUCUCUCUCUCUCUUCUUUUUUUCUUUCUCUCUCUCUUCUUUCUCUUUCUCUCACUCUCUCUCUUCUUUCUCUCUCUCUCACUCUCUCUCUUCUUUCUCUCUAAUCUCUCUCUUUCUUUUGUCUUCUCUCUCUCUCUCUCUUUUUUUUUCUCUCUCUCUCUCUCUUUAAAGUUCUUCUCUUUUUCUUUUUUUUCUUUUCUUUUUCUUUCUUCUUUUUCUCUCUUUUUUCUCUCUCUUCUUUUUCUCUCUUUUCUUUUUCUUUCUUUUUUUCUCUCUCUUUUUUUUUUCUCUUCUUUUUUUUUCUCUUUUUUUUUUUUCUCUCUCUUCUUUUCUCUCUCUCUUCUCUUUUUCUCUCUCUUCUCUCUCCUCUUUUCUCUCUCUCUUUCUUCUUUUCUCUCUCUCUCUCUUCUUCUUCUCUCUCUUCUUCUCUCUCUCUUUCUUCUCUUCUCUUUCUCUCUCUUUUUUCUCUUUUUUUCUCUUUUUCUCUCUCUUUCUCUCUCUCUCUCUCUCUCCUCUCUCUCUCUCUCUCUUUCUUCCUCUCUUUCUCUCUCUUCUCUCUUCUCUUCUCUCUUCUCUUUUCUCUCUUUUCUUUUUUUUCUCUUUUUCUCUUCUCUCUCUCUCUCUUUCUCUUUCUCUCUUCUCUUCUCUCUUUUCUCUUUUUUUCUCUCUUCUCUCUUUUUUUUUCUCUUUUUAAAAUUUUUUUCUUCUCUCUUUUUCUCUCUUUUUUUCUCUUUCUUUUUCUCUCUCUUUCUUUUUUUCUUUUUUUCUCUUUUUUUUUCUCUUUCUUUCUUUCUCUCUCUUUCUUUCUUUCUUUCUCUUUUUUUUUUUUUCUCUUUCUCUUUUCUUUUUUUCUCUCUUUUUUCUCUCUCUUUUCUCUCUCUUUUUUCUCUCUCUCUCUUCUCUCUUUUUUCUCUCUCUCUCUCUCUUUUUCUCUCUCUCUCUUCUCUUUUCUUCUUCUUUCUUUUUCUUUUUCUCUCUUUUUUCUUUCUCUUUCUCUCUCUUUUUCUUUUCUCUCUCUCUUUUUCUUCUCUCUCUUUUUCUCUUUUUCUUUUUUUCUCUCUUCUCUUUUUUUCUUUUCUCUCUUUUUUUUUUUUUUCUCUUUUUUCUUUUUUUUCUUUCUUUUCUCUCUUUUUUCUUUUUCUCUCUUUUUUCUCUCUUUUCUCUCUCUCUCUUUUUUUUCUCUUUUUUCUUUUUUCUUUUCUCUCUCUUUUUUUUCUUCUUUUCUCUUUUCUCUCUCUUUCUCUCUUUUUCUUUCUCUCUUUUUUUCUCUCUCUUUUUCUUUCUUUUUCUCUCUUUUUUUUUUCUCUCUCUCUUUUUUUUCUCUCUCUCUCUCUUUUUCUCUCUUUUUUCUCUUUUUUUUUUUCUCUCUCUCUUUUUUUUUUCUCUCUCUCUUUUUCUCUCUCUCUUUUUUUCUUCUCUCUUUUUUUUUUUCUCUUUUUUCUCUCUUCUUUUCUUCUCUCUCUCUUUUUUUUCUUUUUUCUUUCUCUCUCUUUACUUUUUUUUCUUUCUCUUUCUCUCAUUUUUUUUUUUCUCUCUUUCUUUUUCUCUUCUCUUCUCUCUUUCUCUUUUUCUCUCUCUCUCUUUUCUCUUUUUUUUUUCUCUCUCUUUUCUCUUUUCUCUCUCUUUCUCUCUUUCUUUUUUUUCUUUUUUUUUUUUUUUUUUUUUUUUUUUCUCUCUCUUUUUAAAACUUUUUUUUUUCUUUCUUUUUUUUUUUUUUUUUUUCUCUUUUUUUUUUUUUCUCUUCUUUUCUUUCUUUCUCUCUUUUUUUCUCUCUUUUUUCUCUUUCUUUCUUUUUUUCUUUUUCUCUUUCUUUUUUUCUUUUUUUUCUCUCUCUUUCUUUUUUUUUUCUUUCUUUUUUCAAUUCUUUUUUCUUUUUUUUUUUUUUUUUUUCUUUUUUUUUUUUUCUUUUUUCUCUUUUUUUUCUCUUUUUUUUCAAAAUCUUUUUCUCUCUCUUUCAUCUCUUUUUUUCUCUUUCUUCUUUUUCUUUUUUUUUUUCUCUUUCUUUCUUUUUCUUUUUUCUUUUUCUCUCUUUUUCUUUUUUUUCUUCUCUCAUUUUUUCUCUCUCUCUUUUUCUUUUUUUCUUUUCUUUCUUUUUUUCUUUUUUUUUUUUUCUUCUUUUUUUCUUUUUUCUUUUUUCUCUCUUUUUCUUUCUCUUUUUUUUUCUUUCUCUUUUUUUGA